GAGGCCUGUGGGUAGGUGGCUCUACCCCGCCCCUCAGUGGAAGUCCCUGAGGACCGCUUCAGCGGCGCUGCUCCUCCUGGGAUGGCGGCCCUGGUUGUAAACAAGCCUGGAAUGGGACUAGACAGUGGCCGUCAGGGCAGCCGGGGGUCGGCCGUGGUGAAGGUGCUAGAGUGUGGAGUUUGUGAAGAUGUCUUUUCUUUGCAAGGAGACAAAGUCCCUCGCCUUCUUCUCUGUGGUCACACAGUUUGUCAUGACUGUCUCACCCGCCUGCCUCUUCAUGGAAGAGCAAUACGUUGCCCUUUUGAUCGACAAGUAACAGACCUAGGAGAUUCAGGUGUCUGGGGAUUGAAAAAGAAUUUUGCUUUAUUGGAGCUUUUGGAACGACUUCAGAAUGGACAUAUUGGUCAGUAUGGUGGUGCAGAAGAAGCCAUUGGGAUAUCUGGAGAGAGCAUCAUUCGUUGUGAUGAAGAUGAAGCUCACAUCGCAUCUGUAUAUUGCACCGUAUGUGCAACUCAUUUAUGCUCAGAGUGUUCCCAAGUUACUCAUUCUACAAAGACAUUAGCAAAACACAGGCGAGUGCCUCUAGCUGAUAAACCUCAUGAGAAAACCAUGUGCUCUCAGCAUCAGGUGCAUGCCAUUGAGUUUGUUUGCUUGGAAGAAGGCUGUCAAACUAGCCCACUUAUGUGCUGUGUCUGCAAAGAAUAUGGAAAACACCAAGGGCACAAGCAUUCAGUAUUGGAACCAGAAGCCAACCAGAUCCGAGCAUCAAUUUUAGAUAUGGCUCACUGCAUACGGACCUUCACUGAGGAAAUCUCAGAUUAUUCCAGAAAAUUAGUUGGAAUUGUCCAGCACAUUGAAGGAGGAGAACAAAUAGUGGAAGAUGGGAUUGCAAUGGCCCACACAGAACAUGUACCAGGUACUGCAGAGAAUGCCCGGUCAUGUGUCCGAGCUUACUUUUCUGAUCUACAUGAAACUCUGUGUCGUCAAGAAGAAAUGGCUCUAAGUGUUGUUGAUGCUCAUGUUCGAGAAAAAUUGAUUUGGCUCAGGCAGCAACAAGAAGAUAUGACAAUUUUGUUGUCACAGGUUUCAACAGCCUGUCUUCAUUGUGAAAAGACUUUACAACAGGAUGACUGUAGAGUCGUUUUGGCAAAACAAGAAAUUACAAGGUUACUGGAAACAUUGCAAAAACAGCAGCAGCAGUUUACAGAGGUUGCAGAUCACAUUCAGUUGGAUGCCAGCAUCCCUGUGACUUUUACAAAGGACAAUAGAGUUCACAUUGGACCAAAAAUGGAAAUUCGAGUUGUUACAUUAGGAUUAGAUGGAGCCGGGAAAACCACUAUUUUGUUUAAGUUAAAACAGGAUGAGUUUAUGCAGCCUAUUCCAACAAUUGGUUUUAAUGUGGAAACCGUAGAAUAUAAAAAUCUAAAGUUCACUAUUUGGGAUGUUGGUGGAAAACACAAAUUAAGACCAUUGUGGAAACAUUAUUACCUCAAUACCCAAGCUGUUGUAUUUGUUGUUGAUAGCAGUCAUAGAGACAGAAUUAGUGAAGCACACAGUGAACUUGCAAAAUUGUUAACGGAAAAAGAACUCCGAGAUGCUUUGCUCCUGAUUUUUGCUAACAAACAGGAUGUUGCUGGAGCUGUGUCAGUAGAAGAGAUCACUGAACUUCUCAGUCUUCAUAAACUGUGCUGUGGUCGUAGCUGGUUCAUCCAGGGCUGUGAUGCUCGAAGUGGUAUGGGACUAUAUGAAGGGUUGGACUGGCUCUCACGGCAACUUGUGGCUGCUGGAGUAUUGGAUGUUGCUUGAUUUUAAAUGCAACAGUUGUUUAAAGUUUUGUGGUUAAGAGUUAUUUUGCACAUAUGUUCUAAGACAUUCUACAUCUCAAAGAUAGUUAAUUUAGGAUAAGUAUAUAAAAGGAAUCUUGGACUGGGAAUUCGGUACAAUAUUGCUUUUUAAAAAAUUAUUCUGUAGUGAAAUUUAAAUUCUGAUUGAACAGAUUAAAUUGGAUUAAAUAGGGUUUUGCGUAUACAUUUUUUAAAAAUAUACAUUGGUUAUUUAAGUUUUUCAGAUUAUUUUGACACAUAUAUUGAGAAGUAGUUACAGAGAAAGGGUAGGUGAAGGUUUCUUCUUAUAGCCAACUGAGUGCCUAAUGGAACCUCUGUGUCAAGUAAGUGAAGCAUAGCUUCUUUUUUAACUUGCCUUUUCACUGAAUUUUGGCAGUAAUUAGUAGUAAAACGACAGUGAUUUAAUGAAACAGAAUCCACAAAUUGCAUCUUUGGAUAAUAGAAUUACUUUUAUCUUUAGGUAUAACAGAACACCUUUAAUGCUAAGACUAUAAGCUAUAGAUAAUUAACUUUAUAAAGCGUUUUAUUAAAACUUACUCCUAAAGCAUUUUGUAUAAAACCCAGUGAGUCAGAAUGAAAUGUUAUCUAACUAGGCCUGAUUGUCAGAUUUGUACUAAACUGAAGAACAAUUAAUAAAACUGUGAAGUCAGUUAUGUUCUAGUUGAUCUUCACUUAUGAAAGACCCAUUUCCAGAGCUGACCCUGGUUGUAUUAUUUCCUAGGUCAGAGCUUUAAAUUGGUCUAUUUUUUCAACAUAUUUAAAGUACUUGGUAGUGUUUCUUUUAAAAAUAAUAUUGCAUCUGUAGUGACAUGACUAUACGUGAAAUGUAUUAAGUUAUAUACAGAACCAGGGUUGGCUUUACAUAAGAGAUCUAAGUAGAAAAUCACCUUCACCCUUAAGAGACGUUUAAACAGUGGGGAAAGAUUAUUACAUCAAUUACUUUAAAAUGUUUUCCUAAACUAAGUGCAUUUAUCUUGACCAAACAUGAUCAAGGCUCUUCAUGACAAGACCUUGAAAAGUUAUUUAAAAGAACAUGUCUAAGGAAGGAAAAGAAGAAACGUUCAAAAAGUUUACAUUACAUUAAAUUAUGCAUUAUUGAGGGUAAAAGUUUAAAAAUUUUGUGCUCUUUACUGUUUUUCAUUUUUUUAAGGAUACUCCCUUAUUAUGGCAGUACAACUUAUUAUAUUUAAACAUACUAGAUUGGAUUUUAUGGUUUUUUAAAAAUACUUUUUCUAUUUUUAGGAUGAGGUUGAAUCCUAAAUCUUAGUUGGAAACUACUAUCAGGACAUUGAUGUGUGAUGACAAGAUGUGACUUUUAGGUGGAGUUAUUAGUCUCUUCAAAUGUAUUUUUGUUUAAAAACAACUUUCAGAAAACAAAGCAUUUAAAAAAAAGGUCCAGUGUUAUGGGCAAUGUGUAAAUAAGUAAAUAUAUUGUCCUUAUUUUUCAAGUAAAAGGUCAUGCUGUUACAAGUGUAAUUUGUGCAUAUACUUUUGGAUUAAAUUAUUUAAUAUUUGACUGAUUGCAAGAACUGUGAAAAAUAAAAACGGUGUUAUAUUUGCCUGUGAGCCCUUGAACUGUUUUCUCUACUAGGUUGAGAACAUGUAAACUUGUUUUCCUUGUAUAUUGUAUAUUUCACCAAUUUUAUUAAACUUUGUAAUUCACAUUCUUAGCACAUUACUAAACACAAUUUAAAAAUUGUGCUUAGACCUGAUUAUAAUGUAUAAUAGUAGUGUUUGUGUGUGAUUUUUUUUUUUUAAAGAAAUAUUUUUCUCAGGCUCUUAUUAUUACUAUUUGUGGUUGUAUUCUUUCACUAAUCAUGUUAAUGAUUGUACUCGUUCCCUCUGGGAAAUGUCAAAUUUAAGAAUGAGAGACAUUUUAAACACCUAGCUUUAAAUUUCUGUGUGAAAUGAAACCCUAAAUAUUACUGUAUGAUUUAUGUAAAGCAGGUUUUUCAAGUGUAUAGCCCUGGUCUGUAAUUCCGGAGUGCUUUAUAAUUACCAGAAGCCAUUAUUUGCAUUCCACAUAUGGUCAGAAUAGACAGCAAUAAAAUCUUAAAAUCA